AUGGGAGAUGAGAAAUCCCAGUAUGUCUGCAAACUCAAAAGCAUAGAGCAGGCGUUCGACGUCGGUGAAAGUGUACUGGACCCUGUGCUCCAGCGGGUAAAGCAGAAGCCUAUCAAAGAACUGUCCCACGUAGAUUUCAAGAUUCAGCUCAAGGAGCUUGAAAUAGACAUCACAGAGAGAGAUUUCUUCUGUGCUCUUGAAAGACAUGGACGCGAUAUGGCCAUCAUGCGAAAUUCCUUUUUGGAUUCAAAAGUUUCUGGUCAAAUCAUGAAUAGCAUUGUCGAUCGGGCCAGACUGAAUGCAAAAUGGUCAAUCUGGUUGGAGCGACGGUUUGAGAAGAACAAAGUUCUAUCUCUGAUCAAGCAUGAGCUCGAACAAAAGCAAAACUACAAGUCAACCUUGCCAAUCACUGACUUCGAGGUCGCUCCUCCUCAGGAUGUGCUAGGAGGUCUUGGGCUUGAGCCCUCCAAGAUCUCAAUCAGCUCAGCGCAGGGUGCGGACCAGGCAUGGGAUGCGCCUGCACAACGAAUGCUCUUCGAGAUUUUGCACGUGGAAGACAGAACUGAGAUCGAGACCAUAUUCGCCGUCUACGACUUCCAUGGCAAUGACAAGAUGAAGAAACGAGACCUUUGUGCAACCUUGAUUAGCUGUGGUUGGAAUCAGCAUGUGUUGGACAGUCUCGGUAUCUCUAACAAGAAGGACGAGGAAAUCGACUUGGAAUCCUUCUUGAACCUUGUUAUAAUUCACGGGGUGUACCGUUGGUCAACAUAA